UCAGCGCCACGCCCUGCGCCUCGCGCGGUUGGGCAGCAGUUGCUCACUCGGAUGCAGCGGGUCGGUAGCGGUCUCCCCAGCGGGAGCCAGGUGGCGUCCCGCAGUCCCAGCGCGGCCCUUGCCGAACAGAACCAGGUGGCCACGCUGCCGGUACGGCUGCUCAGGGACGAGGCGGUGGCUGCGCGGAACAACGUUCAUGCGGAGGAUGGCUUUCAGAUGAAGGUGGAUGCCUACGGCUUUGCCCCGGAGGAGCUGGUGGUGCAAGUGGACGGCCAAUGUCUGGUGGUGACCGGCCAGCGGCAACUGGAGGGCUGCAGCCCAGAUGGGGCCGGCUACCGCGUGGCACAGAGGGUGCACCGGCAGAUGCAACUACCACCAGACCUGGAUCCCGCCUCCAUGACCUGCAGCAUGACCCCCUCGGGCCAGUUGUACGUCCGAGGCCCGUGCCAGGCGCUGUCUCCCCCUGAAGCCCAAAGAGGUCCAUCCCCAAGAGUCCGGGGCCGUGGCCCCAAGAAGAACCAACCUACCCUGACCCAGUAAACAACUAAGUGUGCAGCAGCA